ACCAUGGACCUACUAAUAUCUAACCAACCAAACAAACAACAUUAUAUUACGACUAUUUAUAGAACUGUGUUCUGAACUUUGCUCCGAUUGCUUCUGUUAGCAGUGCUGAGUUGUCCCAAGAUUAUUAUCAGUUCUCUGGCACAUCUAUAAUUGUUAUCAGUGCUUCUCAGACCAAUUUGAUAUAAACUGUUUAAGUUGUGAUUCCGUUCUAAAUUUCUACUCAUUGGUGUUGACUAGAGCUUGUUUUGAUGUUUUGGUACGUCGUUGAUAUCAUCAGAUCUUAGACAUGCAUUUACUAUCAUUCUACUUCGUAGCUACGGUAUCAGUCCUUGCCGCCCAGGUCAAAGGAUCAUGUUAUGUAGAGGAGGGGACACCAACUGUGUGGUUGGGUGAUGAACAAGAUAUCAACGCAUGCCAAGCAAAUGAGACGUCUUGUGCCCUCUUUGGUCUAGACUUCAUCUGUGAGGAUCCCAACGGUGGUGACUUCGAACCAUGCACCGAAGGAACCAAAGUCCUGUGCGCCUCUCCACUACCCAUCCCUCUCGCUGCUCCCACCCCAGUCUCAACAUUCCGUGUCAUAGCAUACAAUGUCUGGGAGCUGCGAUAUCUCUAUUACCAGAAUGGACAACGAGAACGAACCUGUCGCAUCCCUCGUGAGGUCAUCCGAUUGCAUCCUGACGUUGAUGUGAUCGUCUUUAACGAGGCCUUCAUGGGAGGAUGUUUCUCAGAGUUCAAUUCCAGCAUUGGAGCCAGCAUACUCACAUUUCGAGACAUUCUGACACAGUAUGGUUUCAUCUACUAUACCGAUACGGUCGGUGACCCACCGCAGCUACCCAAACUUGAAAAUGGCGGUGUCUUUAUAGCCUCUCGCUGGCCUAUUAUUAAGCAAGACAACUCCAUAUACAGGUUCUCUGUUCCGGCAACGGCCGACGCAAUAUCAGGGAAAGGUGCCGUUUAUGCUAUGGUUGAGAAAACUGUUGGCGGUAAUAGCAUGACUUAUCACAUUCUAGGAACACACCUUCAAGCGACAUCGCGCGAUUCAGCUGAUACCAUCCGCCUUAACCAGGCGUUAGAAAUGCGUAAUUUUAUGUUAAAGCAGAAUAUCUCCGACGACGAGCCAGUCAUCUAUGCAGGAGAUCUAAAUGCCAAAAACGGAACGCAGCACGGCGAUGACGUCAUACAGGUUCUCGGUGCAACCAUUCCAGACUUCAUCGGAGAACGAAUUUACACCUAUGACGGACCUGAAAACGAUCUUCUCAUCUCAAACAGCACGUCUUGGAUCGACUAUGUCGUAUUCAGUCAAACCCACCUUCAACCACAAAUCGCUACCCUGGAAGUGGUUCGACCAAGAUCUCAACAACCAUUUGAUGUCUGCAUGUUGUCAUUGGCAGUAGUCCCAACUUAUGCCGACUCUGUGAGGUGUUUUGCCAAUAGGACUGUUACAGAUCUAGCAGAUCACUAUGCUGUUCUGGGCGUCUUCGAGUUCGGCAGCAUGACGUCAUCGCCUCCGUUAAUGACCUCACGGCCUGAAGACAUGACAACUACCAAUUCCGGCUCUAAUUUGUUAAGAUCCAAUAAGUAUCUGUCUAUGAUAUUUCUGAUGUGGUAUGUCUUUGCAUUUAUCCAAUGAGAAAAUUAAAUAAAUGAAUUCUGGAAUACGAUUAUUGUUAGGCUUUUUGUUUAACUAGAAGUGAUGAAAUCAAAAUUAAAACGGUUAACGAAGUAAGUGUCGUAAUCCAAGUAAAAUACAAUUUGUUAAACGAGACUUAAUCAGAGGGUUGCCAAGAUUCUAUGUGACUACGAUCACAGUCAACCACAAGUACAUUAAUUCCGGCGUCCUAAUACAAUUACAUGAAGUAAGUAUAUCUUUAAUGCAAUUCUUGUUUUCUUAUUUAUUUGCAAGUAGAGUAGAAUACUAGGCAAUUUUGGAAGCGGAUUAAUAAGAAACCCAAUCUUUUCCCUUUAUCAUCUUUGUGCCUUUAUCACUUUGGAACAACUUUGCUUCACGUCAUAUGUGUUGUCAGUUUUUAUUUGAUGUUAAUUUAAUUUGGUCGUGUUUGAAAAUAGAUCAGGUACAAAAUAUCAUAAUAACAAAUACAUUUCAUUCAGAAAACCUCUUUAUUGUCUGUCGCCUGUUUAUUAUUCAACAUCCAAGAUUGAUGCUUUGUUUGCUCUUAGGGAAUAAAAGCUCUUGCAAAAUUUCUAUCGCAAACAAUUCCCAAAUACAUAACAAAGAUAACACAAGAAAUUAAAAAAUAAUGAAUAGUUGUUAAAUUGCAUGUAGCAACUUGAAUUAAUGACCGUAUGACAUUACAAAAUCAUGACGUCUGAAUUUAGAAAUAAAAGACAUUUGACAUGUGACGAUAAAAUUGGAUUUUUCAAAGAAUAUCCUAAAAAUAUAUUAAUUUCUUUGAAUCAGUGGGCGUAAUGAAAUGAAGUCUCGAGCGCAAAGGGAAUUAUUAUUUCUGUAAUGUUUAUUUUUGUAACGUUUCCGGGCCACCCCGUUCUCUCGAACAUAUAAUAUAAUUCACUUAUUUUAUUUUAUAAUAACGUAGGAAAAAAAAAUUCUGUAAAGCAAUAUUCUGAAGAAUUUCUAUGUCAAACUAUAUGAUUUAUUACGUAUGUAAACUUAUUUUGAUUCUUUGUACGUUUGUAAAAUGUGAGCAAAGGACAUUUCCAAUAUUGGACAAUAAAUUGAAAUUGA